GGCCGACGACGUCAUCCACGUGGUUGGCGUGACGUCAGUUAUUCUUAUUUAUUUACUAUACUUGAUUCUAUCUGUUUGAUUUUCACUGCUCUAUUCCAUCCCUCUCUGUGUCUAUCUUCUAUCUCUCUAUCUGUACUCUACCUCCUCAAUCUACAAAAUGCCUUCCAUGCACGAUCGCAUCCGCGAGGACCUCCUCCUGCACGAACGCUCGCUCUGGACGGCCCUCACCUCUGCCGACCCGGGCCCGGCCGUCGAGAAGCUGUGCAACGAAGACGCCAACCUGCUGUUCCCCUCGCUGCCGAUUCUGCAUCUCGAAAGCGAACCGUCCAUCAAGGAGGCCAUGGCGCCCCCUUUUCAUCGGUUCGACAGCUUCUCGCUCGGUGAAGUGCGCACAAUCGUCAUCGAUCUCAUGGCGGGGGUGGUCACGUACACGAUCCAUGCCACGAGGGGGAGGAAGGAGUAUAAUGCGCUGGGAUCGACGACUUGGUCGCAGGGUUCUGAUGGGGAAUGGCGCAUUUGUGUCCACCAGGAGACGAUGAUGUGAUAUGUCUGUAUUUAUUCUUUUUUUUAUACUACUAUUAUAUUCCUGAUAUAUGAAUGAUGAAUGAGUAAUCAAUCAAUAAUUAAAACUCAAUCUGUAGAGCCGAACACUACUAUUACAGUGGCAUUCAAUAGUACAUAGUAUAGUUCUAUGGUACCAUUGCUAUGGUGCUAGUACCGAGUAACUGCGGUAACUCCUGCCGAGGAGUAGAUUAAGGUAAAAUAACCCAGAUAGCAGUAUUAGUAACCAAUAACUCGGA